UUCGCAUAUGUUGAUCUAGUUUAGAACUGAUCAGGGGGGAGAGAAACAAACUGCAAAAAUGUUUGUUUUUUGGCUUGGGUUGAUUCUCUUCCCAGUUAUUAACUCAGGUGAAAAUAUUGCUCCAUCUUUACCUCCUUUACCUCCAAUGCCCUUCAUGCCUCCGAACAAGCCAGGAAAAAAAGGUGUUGAAUUUUUUUCUGGGAAAGCAGUCAGGCCAGUGUUGACUCGUCUGGAAAAGUAUGAGGAGAGAAGGGAAAAGCUGCAGUCAGAGAUAAAGGAAGUUGGUGGCCUUCCUGGCAAGGGAAAUAACUUAAGAAAGCAGAUCAAAGCUUCAAAACCAGCUUUGGAUAUUCUAAAACAGGAGGGGGAUCGAGGCAUUGUGCUUCAGGUGGAAAACUUUAGUGGACGAUUUCUAGCCGAUCCCAGAGUUUGGACAAGAUGUGGAUACCAGUAUUCUCAAUUCCCAGUAUUCUCUACCCUAGCUCCUGCAGCUGUUGAUAUAGCUAUCCUACACAACAAUAAGGAGAUGAGAUCUAGCUGUGGAAGUAUAAGUUGGCAGGUUAUGGUUCAUCCAGGGAAACCUCUUAAACUUCAAGAUGGGAAAGGAUUAAGAUUAUUCGUUACUUGGUCGAACCUGGACACUGUUGGAUCUAACAGAUGUAAGGAUGGGAAACUAAAUGAGUUUAUGAUAGGAUUUAAAAAGGUUGAGCUUGAUAACACUGGGCAUUGGGAUCCUAAUGAUGAAGGAAGUUUUAAGAAUUUAUAUAAAAAUUACCACACAAAGGACUUACUAGACCAGUACACGUUCGAGCAGUCUAGAUCAAUUCUUAAGAAUAAAACAGUUCCAAGUUUGGGAAGCAUAGUUGAAUCCCCAGAUAGCCAGCUAGAGGUUUAUGGUGAAAUGGAAUCUGGGUGCAUUACCAGUCUUACAUUACAAAUCCUGGGCAGAAGAGCAGGGAAGUUGGCCGAUACUGAUCUUGGAUUAAAGGAGAGUAGGGUUCCUGAUGAAGUUUGGGAGCAAAUGAUUAGACAAGCUUGGUUGGAUAUUGUUGUAGCUGUCAACAGGGAUCGAGCUCUAUAUGGAAUAGGAUUAGAGCCCUUGUACGUUGAUCCCUUAAUGGAUCAACCUGUAUAUGUAAACACGAGCUUACUGGGCUAUGAGAUUGAGUUUUACAUGUGGAAUAUUACUAUUGCUGGAUUGGCUGAUAUGAAGUUAGAGGAGCUGGUUCUUGAAAGAGGAGACUCCUUGAAGAAUUUGGAUACUAGGGCUGUUCUAAAUAUUGGGAAUCUAACAGUUACUGGCCAGUAUAAAUAUAAGGCAGUGUACACUGGAUGGGUGUGGGGUAUGGGGGAUAUGGACUCAGGAGGAGAACAAGCUUUUACUGUGGAUCUUGGCAGUGCUAAACAAAAGAUAGAAGUUAGCAUGGAUGUGGUUGAUGGCUGUAAUAAAACAUCAAACCUUGUUAUAACAAACAUUCAACUUCCCUUAGAAUACGAUUAUGUAAACUUUGAUUUUAAAAACAUUGGAUCCAUCCUUGGCGGGGUUGUCAGUGUUAUCGGAGAAAUGGCCAUAGAGCUCAGUAAGAGUACAAUUGUUGAUUUGGUAAAAUCUUCGCUAAAAGAGGAAGUUGGAACCCUGCUAUGUGAUCUAGACAGGAAACCAACUCCUAUGGAAAGAGUUCCUGUAUUUGUGGAACAAGUAAAAGACCCUGCAUGGCACAGUGUUCUAGAGAAUGCAACACGAGGCUGGGGAAUACAUACCUUGAGAAGAGAUAUCCUGGCAGAACAAUUCAUAACUAAAGUUUUUAACGAUGGAGUAGCAAGACAUCUUGCCGAUCCUAAUGAUCCUAUAGUUAAACUACUGGAUCCAUUCCAACUUCUGCCUGUGAGUGAGGACUUCAGAAAACCAGGAUUACUCAAAGGACAUGUAGUUGUAUGUGAAAUGUGGUUGUACGAUCUCAGUAAACUCAAAUUAUUGGAUAUGCAGUUAGCUAGAAAUGAAGAUCUAACCUACAGUGCAUUAAAGAUAAAGCUGGGCUUACCUACAACUAGAACUGCGGGAAAAUAUAGAUUGAAUAAUGUGAGAGUAAUGAGUGCAUUACCAGCACCAACCAGUGAAGGAACUGUAGAAAUAUCUCUUACAGGAGUAACUGUAGACCUAACUGUAGUUCUCAGAGCGAAACCUGUGAAAAAUCAAGGAAAUGCCUCAAUUGCAAUGGAAACAUUUGAGGUUGAGUUUGGAUCUGAUGACGUUAAAUUUAAUAUCACUGGACUAGCAAAGGGACUGAACACUAUUGCCAACAAGGUCUCCAAUGCGCUUGGAAAUGAUAUCCUUGAGAUGCAGAAAUCUCUGUUGAAUAAGGAAAUUAAAAAUAUCCUUUAUGGGUUCGCAGACUGCCUCAUGUACAAACCUGCAAUGGGUCUACAGACUUGUAUGGAUAAAUUCUGGGAGAGUCUUGGUUUCAAAAUUCCAUUUGAAUUCCCAGCAUGUCAGGAGUUGUACAGACAGGCAGACAAGGAAAUGGGUCUUGUUUGAACAAUUUCAAAAUUCAAAACAUAUAGAAUAAUUCUGAACUACCAGUUUUGUUGGUAGUUGUUUAAAUGUAUAUAUUAUAAAUUGUUCUCUAUAGUUCAUAUUUAAUAAAACAUUUACCUUUUUGAAUAAAUAACGUUUUCUACA